UUUCUCCAAAUGUACGACUCAAAAUAAUGGCAUCUGCAUCAUACUAGAUCGGAAUCAAAAAUAAUAAAUCUGAUACAAUAGAAUAAACUUAUCGAACUUUGCAUAUAUAUGGCUGUUGGUCUAAUAUGCCUUCUGGAGCCGUUAGCGUUUCUUCAGCAAGCGCCUCGAAGCUGGCCUCAUGUGAUGAAUGCAGACUCAAAAAGGUGAAGUGCUCUGGAGAACCAUCUGGCUGCAGUCGAUGUGUUCGAGAGGGUAUACCAUGCCACUACUCAGACCGCCAGAAAAUGGGCCGGCCCCGAAAGAGGCGCCUCACGUCCCGAGAGGAUGGAGAGGAGAAACAAGACAACACAAGCAUAAAUACCACUUUUUCAAAGAAUGGGCAUAAUGACAAAGGUAUUCACAUGUCAAAUAUGCCGAAUGAAAACAACCUGGUCCAGAACAGCUCGCCUUUCACACCCCCUUUCAGCGACGAAACAUUAAACUUGCUCUCUCCGACUUCAAAUUUUAAUAUGGGCUUUCCGUCGCUUGAGAACUUUAAUUUUAGCAGCAAUAAUGAUAUCCAUAUUCCAUCCAGUAGUUCGGAAGAUGUGCACUUGUCGUUGGAUCCAUAUCUCAAUACCCAGAAAGACUUCUCAAGCUUUCAAACGCCUUCGUUCAUGCAGAACCUGCCAGGAAUGGAUGGGGAGAACUCUUGCGCCUGUCUGUCAAAUCUCUACCUUGCCAUGUCAGAGCUACAGACCGUACCGCCAGAUUUCCCAUUCCCAAGCACGAUACAUUUGGUAUCAAAGGCUGUUCCAGUUGCGCGAGGGGCCAUCGAUUGUCCAAUCUGUGGAACAAAAUUUCUCCUUGGGAUGCCAAAUACGAUGCUCGUCAUCUCGUUAUUGUCAUUAAUGGCGAGUAUCUGCGCCAAGACGUACGAGUUUAUCGAUACAAAAGCAGACGACUCGAAAUCGCGGGGCGAAACAAAACUUUUUCGAAUGGGCGAAAUGGAUCCGCAGACGAUUCAUUUACAUACCGGCACUGCAGACUGUCCAAUGGGUUUUAAUGUUGAGCUCGAGCCAGAUGAGUGGCGUCAUAUGGCAAAAAGGGUGGUGCGCGCAACGGUAAAAGGAAAAGGAGACGGCAAGUCUGGUUUGAUGGGUCUCAUAGCAGCCAUGGAAGAGCGUCAAAAAUCGUGGCACGAAAAUCAUGUCAGUCCCAUACCUCUGGUGGUGCCGAAUCCGGAACAGAGAGCGACUAGUUGCCAAGGCGCGUCAUCCGCAGCUGGCACAACGCCAGUGUGUGUUCGAAUGGUACAUAAUGUGCGCGGUUACCUCAAAAUCUUUGAUUGAUUUGGAGCGCUUUGCGAUAAUUGAGAUACCCUAAAACGCUUUCAAUGCUCGAAUUCUCCCAUGCUCCGUUGGUGAGGAAAAUCAGCA